UGAGCGAAUUGUGCGAGCAAAAGCCAAGGGAAAUUUUUGUGGGAAACCAAAAACAGAGCACUCAUUGACAGCGUGACAUUUUUGUUUUUCCAUAUUUACCCGUAAUUAACUUCAAUACUUACCAAGUACAAUUAAUAUGUUAACAGUAAAAAUUCACUAAGUUCACGUAAUUUAAAUAUUAAAAAUUGUUAUUAAAUUCCCGCACAAUAUUAAAAUAUUUUAUUUUUAAUUCCACGAAAGUGAAAACUAUACUGAUUUCUCUACCACCGGUUGUACGAAAGAAACCUACGCAGCGAAAUUAGUUGACAUAUAAUUUUAACAGAUAGUGUGCGUAAUAGAUUUCAAUGAACAUGCAGGGUUGCAUUUCGUAGAAAUUGUGAGAAAAAUUACUUCUGAUAAAAAGAGGAUAUUGUAAAUAUUUGAAUUUGAAAUUUUCACAAAAUAAUAAAUAUAUAUAUAUUUGUAUAAAUCUUAUGAAUUAUUAGUGAUGAUAACGAGGAAACCAACAUGUAAAAUUAAUAUACCUAAUAAUAAUACUUCUUCAUAAAUUGUAUGUUUUAAUACUUAUGGCAAUAUCAAAUGUAUUCAGUAUAUUAUAUACGUUCUCGGCCUCCGCUCAUAAAAAUAUUUUGUUUACUACGCAAUGUCACACAAGCAGUAAGAUAAUUAUAAUAUUAAAUACGAUGAAUAUUGACGAAGAAUCCGAUUAUGAAGAAGAUGAAUUUUUAAUUUUUGCUGAUUUCAAAAAUCAACUUGGUUCCCUUGAUUUGGAAGAAAACAUAGCAGUGAAAAUCAUUGGACUUGAAAAGGACCCAGUCGCUGAAGUGAAUGGAAAUAUAUUUAAAGGAACUUAUGAUUACCCAAUGGGCACGUGCGUUUUCUUUGAAAAGGACUUGGACGCCGCGCCGUCUGAUCCUCUAUUCGAAACGAGCUGUCGACAGAAAUAUAAAUAUUUUGCCAAAACCAAUAAAGUUAUAAAUUUUGAACGUAUAUAUGUUGAACAAAAAUGCGACGAAACCAUCAAUAAUGUGUCUAAUACUAUUAGCACAAACAUUUUUCCAGAAAAAUCCGAAGACGUUGAACAGGAGCAACAUAAAAUACAGACUGAGGAUGAUAAACUUCGAAUUAAUAUUUCAUAUGAAGAUGCUAUAAAACAAUUUCAAACGUGUGAUGAAAACAGUUAAUGCAUUUAUGUACAUUUCAAAAUACAAUAUAAUAUAUAUAUACAUCUAUAUAUAUAUAUGUAUAA